AAUUCGCUGCUGGGAAAGUUGCAAGCGAGUUGAUAAAAUCAGCGGUUCAGUUUCCGACAUCACUCAGAUUCUCUAUUCCUCGCGAAGAGAUGCUGCCCUGACGAAUACACACUUUGAGCUCGACAGAGUCUAUCAAGAAACAGGUCCGCGUUGAGAUAGAUUCUAUGUUUAUGGAGGAGAUAGAUCUUGAAAGAAACUGGAUCAAAUUUAGGUUUUCUUGGUGCUCAUAGUUUGGAUGACAUGGAUGUUGAAGAUGUCGAAAUAGAUCUUCUAACAACAAGUGGCAAUGUAGAUGAGUUUUGUGAGGCAAGUACGAGUGGGAACGUUGCUCCUAGUUUAGAGCAGUAUGCAAAUGUUGGUCAUCCCGGAAAUGGGAUGGAAUUUGAGUCAAAGGAGGCUGUGUACUAUUUCUACAGAGAAUAUGCUCGAUCUGUGGGAUUUGGUAUCACAAUAAAAGCUAGCCGUCGUUCAAAAAGAUCGGGAAAGUUUAUUGAUGUCAAAAUAGCAUGUUCAAGAUUUGGAACCAAGCGCGAGAAAAGCGCAGCUAUAAACCCACGAUCAUGUCCAAAGACGGGCUGCAAAGCUGGUCUACACAUGAAGAGAAAAGAAGAUGAGAAAUGGGUUAUAUAUAAUUUUGUAAAAGAACAUAACCAUGAGAUAUGUCCAGAUGAUUUUUAUAUUAGCAUAAGGGGAAAGAACAAGCCUGCUGUUUCGCUAGCUAAUCAAAAGAAAGGUCUUCAACUGGCUUUAGAUAAGGGAGACUUAGAGUUAUUGCUCGACCAUUUUAUGGACAUGCAGGAUAAGCAGCCUGGUUUUUUCUAUGCAGUUGAUUUCAACAGUGAAAAUCAUGUUAGAAAUGUCUUUUGGCUUGAUGCAAAGGCCAAGCAUGACUAUCGCAGCUUUUCUGAUGUUGUUCUCUUUGACACAUUUUAUGUUAGGAGCAGAUACAGAAUCCCGUUUGCUCCUUUUAUUGGGGUCAGCCAUCACUGUCAAUACGUGUUGCUGGGAUGUGUUUUGAUUGGGGAAGAGAGUGAGUCAACAUACUCCUGGCUAUUUCGAACGUGGCUUAAAGCAGUCAGUGGUCAAGCUCCUGGAGUGAUGAUAACAGAUCAGGAUAAGCUUCUCAGUGACAUUGUUGUUGAGGUUCUUCCAACUGCUCGUCAUUUUUUCUGCUUGUGGAAUGUGCUGAGUAAGAUUCCUGAGAUGCUGAAUCCUUUUUUGAGUGAAGAUGAUGGUUUUAUGGAAAGUUUUUGGAAUUGCGUGAACAGCUCUUGGAUAGAUGAACAGUUUGAAAGGAGGUGGUCAAAUGUAAUUAGUAAAUUUGAACUUAACGAAAAUGAGUGGGUACAGUUGUUGUUUAGAGAUCGUAAAAAAUGGGUGCCACUUUAUUUUCAUGGAAUCUGUUUAGCUGGGCUGUCUGGACCUGAAAGACCUGGCAGUAUCGCCUCUCAUUUUGACAAUUAUAUGAACGCAGAGGCUACUUUCAAGGACUUCUUUGAACUCUACAAGCAGUUUCUGCAAUAUCGAUGUGAGGUUGAAGCAAAGAUUGAUCUGGAAUCUCAGAGCAAACAGCCCACACUGCCUACUUUGGCUUUCGAGAAACAACUUUCUUUGAUCUAUACGGACGCUGCUUUUAAGAAGUUCCAAGCUGAGGUACUGGGCGUUGUUUCUUGUCAACCUCGAAAAGAAAGAGAAGAUGGAACAACAGUUAUAUUUCGCGUCGAAGAUUUUGAAGAACGGCAAAAUUUAUCUGUUGUUCUGAACAAAGAGUUGUUGAAUGUGUAUUGCUCUUGUCAUUUAUUCGAGUACCAUGGAUUCCUAUGCAAACAUGCUAUACUUGUUCUACAAAACUCUGGUGUUUCCUGCAUUCCAUCUCAGUAUAUAUUGAAACGUUGGUCAAAGAGAUGUAACAACAUAGAGGGUAAAAAAGAAAAAUGUGUCUAUAUUCAUAAUCGAAUGGCACGUUUCGAUGAUCUUUGUAGGCGCUUUGUUAAGUUGGGAGAAGUUGCGUCUUUAUCAGAUGAAGCCUACAAGACUGCUUUAAAGUUGUUGGAGGAAACCAAGAAGCAUUGUGUUAAUAAUUCUCCCAAGUUUCCUUCAGAGCCAGACAAGUUAAUGCCGGGUGUAUGUGUAUCUAUUGGCUUAGAAAGUGAAGGUAUGUUGGAAAGUACAUCAAAAUUGUCCAAGAAAAAGAAAAUUCAGAAGAAAAGAAAGGUUUACUGUAGGCCGGAGGAUGCAACAAACAGGUCAGAAGAACUCCAGCAAGAAAUCGAGCAAGUUAGCUCCAGAGCUCCUGCGUUUGAGAAUUGUUACAUUCCUCAAGCAGAUAUGGAGGAGACCGAACAGGGCUCCAGUGCAACAAAUCGUGGGGUGUAUUAUUCAAGUCAACAAACUAUUCAAGGAUUCUCAUCUGUUACUUCCAUCCAGGAUGGUUACUACGGACAUCCGCCAACCAUAAAAGCCAUGGGAAGCAUGUAUUCACUUCAUGGACGGAUGAGUCAAUAUGAGACACAAUCAAGCAUCCAAGGAGCUUUUCAGGGACAGACAAGUUUCAGGGGAAGCGCUAUUCGUGGCUGCUACGACAUUGAAGAAACUCUGCACGACGACAUGACAAUGGAGUCCUCACAGUUUCAGGGAUCUGGUCAAAGCCAUCCGAGUAAUAGCCGUUUCUCCAACUAACAGAACAAGCUCAAGAGUUCCUCUUCAUAUCUUUUUAAAAAGUUGGAAUGCUGUACAGAAAUAGAAAAAGGUCUUAAACUGUAGAAUUAGCUUUUGAUUGAGGUUUCUCUUACUGUGAUUGAAGUUGAUUGUAUUUUUUAUACCGAGGAAGGUGAAUAUAUAUGAAUCAUGGGCCAACUUUUAGGAUUUUAAUUUAACAAAAAAACAUUCAUUUAUGUAAAACAAAGAACAACUUUUAGGAGUUUAAUCUUUGUUAAAGUUGAGAAAAUGUAAAGAUAUUUCCGGGUA